AAUCGCAACGGAGACGCGUUCAGGAAUGACGGCGACUAUCCUUUCUGCCUUUUCUUCUCUACCUUGACGCCAAUUUCUUGACGUUGACUGGCCGACAAUUAGGACGCGAUGGACGACUCCGUCAUUCAAGGAAUUGCAGGCUCAGCCGGGGGCAUCGUGGCCAUGUCCGCAACCUAUCCUCUGAUUUUUAUUUCUACUCGAGCAGCGGUCGAAACGAGAAAUGAGUCAAAGCCCAUCGUACAAGCUGUCCUUGAUAUCGUCAGACGAGAAGGCAUAACAGGCCUCUACAGUGGCUUGAAUUCCAGUUUGCUUGGUAUCGCAGUCACGAAUGGUGUCUAUUACUACUUUUAUGAACGAUCUCGCGGAGCCAUACUCAAAUCCCGAGUCGGCGGAAAAGGCUUGAGCACCAUUGAGUCCAUCAUAACAGGACUCGUUGCAGGCUCAGCAACAACGAUAAUUAGCAAUCCAAUAUGGGUCGUCCAGACUUCUCAGGCUGUUCGGACGCUCAACCAAGGUUCUUCCAAUGCAUCCGGGCGCCCUAAGAAACCUGGAUUCAUUGAAGCUGUCCGAGGAAUUCUUGAAAAGGAUGGUAUUAGCGCUUUCUGGCGAGGCAUUGGGCCCGCUCUUGUCCUCGUCAUGAAUCCUGUAAUUCAGUACACUGUGUUUGAGCAGUUGAAGAACACCUUGAUCGCCCGAAGGACAACCAAACUGAGACUAGCAGGUGCUGCUGCCGCGACGGCAGUUCUCAGUGACUGGGACUUCUUCUUCCUAGGGGCUAUAUCAAAACUAACAUUCUACUCCUCAGUCGCCACAGCAUCAACCUAUCCUUACAUUGUAAUCAAGAGUCGAAUGCAAGCCGGACAUUCAAGCGCGCUGGGAUACAAAUCCACUCUUGAUGGGCUACUAACUAUCUUACAAGAAGAGGGCAUUCACGGUCUUUAUAAGGGCGUUGGCAGCAAGUUGACUCAAAGCGUUCUUACGGCAGCCAUUCUCUUUGCAGGACAAAGGCGCAUAUAUGAAAUCACGAAGAAGGCUCUAUUGACUGCGAGCAAGUUGUAAAACUACACAUCAGUGUCCGCCUUAUAUUGUACAUUAGUCUCCCUUGUAUAGAAUGUUACCGGAAAUAACGGCUUGCAGCGGAUCAAGGGGAAUCUACCAUGGCUAGGACAGUAAGGUCUACCAUUUAAUAGUCGUCACCA